AUGGCUUCCUUAGGCAAUCUAGGCUCCACUGAAAGUUCAUCGAUAGUUUUUUUCGUUUUCUGUAUUUGCUGUUCAAUAAAUAUCCGUCCUCUCUCUCUCUCUCUCUCUCUCUCUCUCUCUCUCUCUCUCUCUCUCUCUCUCUCUCAUAGACACACUUCUUUUUCCUCUCCUCCUCUAACUACUCCUCUCAUCCUCUCCUCCUACUACUCCUCCUUCUCCUUCUUCUUCUUUCAUCACACCCUCCUCCUCCUCUCCUCCUCCUCCUCCUUCUUCUCCUUCUUCUUCUUUCAUCACACCCUCCCCCUUCUCUCCUCCUCCUCCUUCUUCUCCUUCUUCUUUCAUCACACCCUCCUCCUCCUCCUCUCCUCCUCCUCCUUCUCAUUCUUUCAUCACACCCUUUGCCUCCUCCUUAUCUCCUUCUUCUUCUUUCAUCAUUUCCUCCUCCUCCUCUCCAAUCCUUCUCCCUCUUCUUGUUUCAUCACACCCUCCUCCUCCUCCUCUCCUCCUCCUUCUCCUUCUUUCAUCACAACCUCACCCUCCUCUCCUCCUCCUCCUUCUCCUUCUUCUUCUUUCAUCACACCCUCCUCCUCUUCUCCUCCUCAUCCUUCUUCUCCUUCUUCUUCUUUCAUCAUCAUCCUCCUCCUCCCUUUCUGUUACACCCAACGUCGUGCGUUUCCUUCUUUAUUUUUGAAAACAAUAAUGUAG